UGCAAAUCCAUUCAUAUGGGGACUGUGAUAUGCUUCAGAUGGAGGAUACCAGCACAUCUGAGCGUGCAGUGCAGCAGCUGCAGCUACAGCAGCAGGACAGCCAAGCCUUUUACUGUUAAGGUGAAGCAGAUGCGGCUCCACAAGGAAGAUUUCGAAAUCCUGAAAGUCAUUGGCCGAGGAGCAUUUGGCGAGGUUGCUGUUGUGAAGUUAAAAAACGUUGAAAAGGUUUUUGCCAUGAAGAUCCUCAACAAAUGGGAGAUGCUAAAGCGAGCAGAGACUGCCUGCUUUCGAGAGGAGCGGGAUGUGUUGGUAAAUGGAGACAGUCAGUGGAUUACCACAUUGCACUAUGCUUUCCAGGAUGAAAAUUAUUUGUAUCUUGUGAUGGACUACUAUGUAGGAGGCGACCUCUUAACAUUACUCAGCAAAUUUGAGGACCGGUUACCAGAGGAUAUGGCAAAGUUUUACUUGGCAGAAAUGGUUUUGGCAAUUGAUUCUGUUCAUCAGCUACACUAUGUCCACAGGGACAUCAAACCAGACAACAUUCUACUGGAUGUAAAUGGGCACAUCCGGCUGGCAGACUUUGGCUCCUGUCUCAAGCUCAUGGAAGAUGGAACUGUCCAGUCUUCUGUUGCAGUUGGAACACCCGACUACAUUUCUCCUGAAAUCCUGCAAGCCAUGGAAGAUGGCAAAGGGAAAUAUGGGCCAGAAUGUGACUGGUGGUCACUUGGUGUCUGCAUGUAUGAAAUGCUUUUUGGAGAAACGCCUUUUUAUGCAGAAUCUUUAGUAGAAACCUAUGGAAAAAUUAUGAACCACAAAGAGCGAUUUCAGUUCCCAGUGCAAAUCACUGAUGUUUCUGAAAAUGCUAAAGACCUUAUCCGGAGGCUGAUCUGUAGCAGGGAGCACCGGCUGGGUCAAAAUGGAAUUGAAGACUUUAAGAAACAUCCAUUCUUCAGCGGCAUUGAUUGGGACAACAUCAGAAAUUGUGAAGCACCUUAUAUCCCCGAAGUUAGCAGUCCCACAGACACGUCAAAUUUUGAUGUGGAUGAUGACUGUUUGAAAAAUUCUGAGACGAUGCCUCCACUUACACAUACCGCUUUCUCUGGGCACCACCUUCCGUUCAUAGGGUUCACAUAUACUACUAACUGUAUUCUGUCUGACAGAAGCAGUCUGAGAGAUGCUGCUGGUUCAUCCUCAACAGAUGUCGAUAUCAAUGUUCAGCGGACAUUAGAGGACAGCCUGGCCACUGAGGCUUACGAGAGGAGGAUACGACGUUUAGAACAAGAAAAACUUGAACUGAGUAGGAAACUUCAAGAGUCUACACAGACUGUUCAGGCACUUCAGUAUUCAACUGUGGAUGGUCCAGUAACUGCAAGCAGAGAACUGGAAAUUAAAAAAUUGAAAGAAGAAGUAGAAAAAUUGGAACAACAAGUAUUAGAUUUCGGUCAGCUGGAGCAGCAGCUUGAAGAAGCAAGUCUCGUCAGAAGGGAUUUUGAAGAUGGCUGUCGGCAAAUUAAGGCACUUGAGAAGCAAAUCAAAUUGUCGAAGCAGGAGAAAGAUGAUCUUCAGAGGGAAAUGUUUGAAUCCAAUGAAAGGUUGAAAUUGCAAACCAAAGAACUUAAGGAUGCCCAUAGCCAGCGUAAACUGGCCAUGCAGGAAUUCUCCGAUAUGAACGAGAAGGUCACAGAACUGCGUUCCCAGAAACAGAGGCUUUCCCGACAGCUCCGGGACAAAGAGGAGGAGAUGGAAGCAAUAAUGCAGAAGACUGAGAGUUUGCGCCAAGAGCUGCGGAGAAUGGAGCGAGCCAAAAAAGACUUGGACGUGCAGAUGGAAAAAGCAGCAGCAGAGGCAUCCAAGGAGCGAAAACUGCGGGAACGGAGUGAGCAGUACUCAAAGCAACUGGAAGAUGAACUUGAGGGGCUCAAGAAAAGGCAAGUUGGACGUUCUCCUGGUGUGAGCAGUACAGAGCAUCAGCAGGAAGUGGCCAAACUCAAAGCUGAUCUGGAGAAAAAGAUUGUGUUCUAUGAGGAGGAGCUGGCCAAAAGGGAAAUCCUGCACAUGACUGAGAUCAAGAACUUGAAGAAGGAGGUGCGAGAUGCAGAGGGGCAGCAUCUCACCCUGAAGAAAGAAAUAAUGAUUCUGAAAGACAAGUUAGAAAAAACCAGAAGAGAAAGUCAGAACGAAAGGGAAGAAUUCGAGGGCGAAUUCAAGCAAAAGUAUGAACGAGAGAGAAUCAUGCUGAGUGAAGACAAUAAGAAAUUAUCAACUGAACUUGAUCAGCUCACUAUCAUGUUUGAGAAGCUAAGUGCAAGCAACAAACAGAUGGAGGAAGAGUUACGUGACUUAGCAGAGAAGAAGGAAUCAGUGGCCCAUUGGGAGGCCCAAAUCACAGAGAUCAUCCAGUGGGUGAGUGAUGAGAAAGAUGCUCGAGGCUAUCUUCAAGCACUGGCAACUAAGAUGACUGAGGAAUUGGAAUCUUUGAGAAAUUCCAGUUUAGGAGUACGAGCAACAGAUAUGCCAUGGAAGAUGCGUCGGUCGCAGAAAGUAGACAUGUCAGCUCGAUUGGAACUACAAUCAGCACUCGAUGCAGAGAUCCGAGCCAAACAGGCAAUCCAGGACGAGCUUAAUAAGGUCAAAGCAGCCAGCAUAUCUACAGAAUGCAAAUUGCAAGAUGGUGAAAAAAGAAACCAGGAACUGCUGACUGAGAUUGAAAAACUCAAGAAGGACAUGGAGGAAAUGAAAACAGAAAAGGGUGUAAAGCACCAAGACUCACAGAAUUCUUUCUUGGCAUUUUUGAAUACACCUGCCUCUCCUCUGGAUCAAUUCGAAGAUUCUCUGACUUCUUCUUCUUCUUCAUUGGUAGACUUUUGGAAUGAUCAUUCUCGUGCCUGUGUUCCAGCUAGCAAAGGCAGACGUAUUGAUUCCAUUGAGAAUUUCAACCUGUCCAAUUCUCCAUCUGGUGACGAGGUGAAAUCACAGAUAUAUUCUCGCUCUCGGUCGCCAUCCACAGCAAGUGAUAUAGAACCUGUGGAGGGAACUGACAAUCCUCAACGUACAGUACUGACGCCGACUAUCAGGUCCUCCUACAGUGGUUCCAGUGUCUCAACCCCAAAGCCGAAGGCUCAUCAGUUUGUCGUGAAAUCAUUUAACACACCAACAAAAUGCAAUCAGUGCACAUCUCUGAUGGUUGGCCUAGUCCGUCAGGGCUGCACUUGUGAAGUAUGUGGGUUCUCGUGCCACGUGACUUGUGCAGACAAAGCACCGGCUGUGUGCCCCAUCCCACCUGACCAAACAAAGGGACCACUGGGGAUCGACCCGCAGAGAGGCAUCGGGACAGCAUAUGAGGGUCAUGUUCGGGUACCUAAACCAGCUGGAGUGAAGAAAGGGUGGCAGAGGGCACUAGCAGUAGUUUGUGAUUUCAAACUGUUUUUGUAUGAAAUUGCAGAAGGAAAAGCUUCGCAGCCAAGUGUGGUGGUUAGCCAAGUUAUUGACAUGAGGGAUGAAGAGUUUUCAGUUAGCUCUGUAUUAGCUUCUGAUGUUAUCCACGCCAAUAGGAAGGAUGUCCCCUGUAUCUUCAGGGUUCCGCUUACAGCAGAACCUGGUAGGUGGGUUGGGCCCAUUAAACAGACCCCGAAACUCCAUUCCGCACGUGACCGUAAAACUGCAACACAUAUUAAGGUUACAGCCUCACAACUAUCAACGUCCAAUAACAAGUGUUCAAUCCUCAUACUGGCCGACAGUGAAAACGAGAAAAAUAAAUGGGUGGGACUGCUGAACGAGCUGCACCGGAUCCUCAAGAAGAACAAACUCAAGGACCGAUCAGUCUUUGUUCCAAAGGAAGCUUAUGACAGUGCCCUGCCACUCAUUAAGACAACACAGUCAGCUGUGAUUAUAGAUCAUGAAAGGAUAGCACUGGGAAAUGAAGAAGGAUUGUUUGUAGUCCAUGUCACCAAAGAUGAAAUCAUCCGUGUUGGUGAUAAUAAGAAGGUCCAUCAAAUCGAGCUCAUCUCAGGGGAGCAGCUCAUUGCUGUCAUUUCCGGAAGAAACCGACACGUCCGCCUCUUCCCCACUUCUGCCCUUGAUGGUCGGGAAGGCGAUUUCUUCAAACUGGUGGAGACGAAGGGCUGCCAAACUCUGGUAUCGGGAACAAUGCGCCAUGGUGCAGCCACAUGCCUGUGCGUAGCCAUGAAACGACAAGUGCUGUGCUACGAACUCAACCAGAGCAAAACUCGUCACAAAAAGUUCAAAGAAAUCCAAGUCCCAGGCAACGUGCAGUGGAUGGCCAUUUUCAGCGAGCGCUUGCUUGUCGGCUACCAGUCCAGUUUUGCCAAAUACCCGCUGCAGGGGGAUGGGGGUCCCAUAAGCUUACUCCACCCUGAUGACCACACACUCUCCUUUAUCACGCAGCAGCCCAAUGAUGCAAUCUGUGCAGUAGAAAUCUCUGGCAAGGAGUAUUUAUUGUGUUUCAGUACUGUGGGCAUUUAUGUGGACUGCCAGGGUCGAAGGUCAAGGCAACAAGAACUGAUGUGGCCGGCUAUUCCCACAACAUGCUGUUACAAUGCUCCAUAUUUGUCUGUGUAUAGUGAGAAUGCUGUAGAUGUAUUUGAUGUGAACACUAUGGAAUGGAUUCAGACAGUUGCACUAAAGAAGGUUCGGCCACUUAAUACAGAGGGGACACUUAACCUGCUGGGUCUCGAGACAAUCAGGUUAAUCUAUUUCAAAAAUAAGAUGGCAGAAGGAGAUGAACUUGUUGUUCCUGAAACAUCUGAUAACAGCCGCAAACAGAUGGUCAGGACCCGGAGCAAACGGAGAUAUUCCUUUCGGGUGCCUGAAGAGGAGAGACUCCAGCAGAGAAGAGAAAUGCUUCGAGAUCCAGAAAUGAGAUCCAAAUUAAUCUCAAAUCCAACUAAUUUCAACCACAUUGUACACAUGGGCCCAGGUGAUGGCAUACAGAUCUUAAAAGAUUUGCCAAUGCCAGAAUCCCCGCAUCCACCUCCCAAUCAGCACUUCAGUCUGAUCUCCACUCCAACCAACUUUGAACACAUUUAUCACAUGACUGUCCACUCUGCUGAGAAGUUCCUGUACCACGAACCCCACGUCUGCACCCUUUCUCCAGACUCUGCCUCCAGCUUGCCACAUUCCAUAACACCAAGGAAUCUACGUCCUCAGGAUGAGAAGAGUCGGACUAUGUUUAGCGCUUCCGUCAGUAUCCCUGCUAUUGCACGAUCUCGCACAGAACCGGGCCGCUCCAUGAGUGCCAGCAGUGGGCUGUCGUCAAGAUCAACCGCACAAAAUGGAAGUGCCCUUCGAAGAGAAUUCUCAGGAGGAAACUAUGUCAACAAACGUCAGCCAAUGACGUCGCCAUCCGACGGCUCGCUUUCUUCGGGUGGAAUGGAUCCGGGAAGUGAUGUUCCAACAAGGGAGUUUGAGCGUGAUGAUUCUGAUUCUCCAAGACACUCCACAGCGUCCAACAGUUCCAACCUGAGCAGCCCGCCCAGCCCCAUCUCGCCCCACAAGCCACAGUCACUCUUGUUGGAAAACACAGAGCACGUCAGCUGGGAAACAUGAGAUUGCUCAGCUCUGGAAAUUCUAACAAAUCAGCCCUUACUUCUGUCUUGCUGCACCCAGUCCUACUCUGCUGUUCCAACCUGUGCCGGGCUAUUGCUGCAGAUCCGUCAAAAAGGCAGCAGAAGUUUAUGGAUUCAGGAGCAAGGCCUGAUCUCGUAAAUCUAUCUCUCUCUCUCUCUCACACACACACGUAUAGACAGAUUGGGCAGGAGCUUUUGCCUGCUGACCCUAUCAUGUUUCUCUCUCUCUCAUAAAAAGAGGAAAAGCAGAUCUCUUGCCUCACACAGCAACAUCAGCUGCUCUUAUAGCGUCCUUGGGAGUGUGACUUCCUCUGAUUUUUAAGAAAUGGGAUCUUGGUCAUAAAUUGUAAAGCUGAUGUUUAAGGUGUUGUUUCUCAUUGCAGCUUUAUAGCCAGUUACUUUCUCAAAGAAUAAACAGGAUUGGGGGGAAGGUAGGGUGCAGAUGGUGGAACGCAGCCUUGAUUUUCUAUCAUCACUUCCAUUGGUUCCAACAAAUGACAGAGGGCAUUCCUUUCUGUCAUAGUGUGAUCAGGCUUCUUUUAAUUAUUAUUUUAUUCUGCAAUAAUAUGUGUACAUCUGCAAACAAAUCACCAAACCUUAUUUUGCUAAAAGAAAAACACACAAAGUUUUUUUGUGAUAUAGAAUAUAUAUAAAGUAUAUAAAUAUAUAUAUAUAAAGUUGUGUAUAGUUUUACUUGUUGAAAUGGCAACUGAAGGAAAGAUUACUUUGUGUGUGGCGUCACAGUCCCUGCUGGUAGAUUCUUUAUAUAUAGUUCUUCAGUGUAGUAUCCAAGAUGCAGCUGAAAUUUAAAAGUUUAAAAAACUGAAGAUGUGGAGGCUGAAAUGAAAAGUUAUAGGCACUGUACUUCAGUAAAUAAAGUACCAAUUGUAGAUGGUCAUUGAUUUAUGUUGCAUGUUGCAAAAUUAAAAACUACUGUGCACUAGUUUAAGGCUCUGCUGAGUUCAGGGGAGACCUGUUCAUCUAGUUUGAAUAAAGAAUGUCCCUUUUUGUAGUCACUCGAAGGCAGUAUUUGAUUAAACAUCCAGAUAUUAGAGCAACAUUAUAUAUUUUUUGUACACUACACACAGCUGACUUGCUGGGGAAGGUGGAAUUAAUUACCAUAUCAGCUCCUUGUGUCUGCUUUGCCAAGUCCCUCCCCAGAUAUUUAGGUAUUGUUAGACUGAGAAGAAACCCAGGAGUCAGACAGCCUGGGAUACUGAACGCUUUGAUGGUUAGUUUGCUUUUUUGUCAGUGAAUGAUUCCUACAUUCCCUUUGUAUAUUCCUCAAGCCCAACAGUUCUUGCUUUUGUCAACCUCUACCCAUGUUACUGUCUGCACCUGAGGAGGGCAAGAGACAUAAAAUUUAUUGAGGAGGCUUCAGUACGUUAAAGGAUGUUUAAUGCACAGCCAGGUUUGACAGUAAGCAUUUCGGGGCUGGUCAGAGUUAUUCAGACAGCGAGGGAAGGAAAAGAAAACUCCCUGCAUGAGAUGACUGUGUAAAAACAAGGGAAUCUGACUGCUGUCUCACUCCGUACAGUUACAAAAGCUCAGAGACAAUUGUGUAAAAUAAAAGGUGCUUUUGUUUUUAAAGGAAUGAUGUGAAAUUUGAGAUGAGUUUGCCUCUGAUUUUAAAAGUGCAAAAACAAAGUUCUUCCCUGAUAGCUGUCACUGUGUUGCAUUUUUGUUUCCAUGGCAGAACUGUGGUUAAAUGAGAUUAAGGAGGAAGAGGUGGGUACAGUCCUGCUGCUCAAGUUCCCACAUGUACAGAUACAAAAAAAGACAACAGGGAACUGUCAAACUCUGACGGUGAAUCAUAGACAUGAUUGUGCAGAGAAUUGUGAGCAAGGGGACGGAGGAGGCAUUUACUACUUACUGGUGUUCCAUGGGGACUGACCUGCCUUUCACUAUAGCAAUUUCAUAUCAUUUAUUUCCAAGAGUUUUUAAGGUCUCCCCCCCUCCACCACCACCACCACCUUUUUGUAAGAUUAUUGUACAGUUUUGCAUGUGUUAGAUGUAAUCAGUUUUUUUUUAAAUCUUUUGGUUUAGGUUAAAGGCUGACUUCACUAAAUUAAUUGCUUGGCUUUAUCACUCAGUUUUUGCCCUUAAUGUUUUUAGGGGUUAAUUUGUAAGAGGAACUAUUGCUGAUUGUAGAUUCUUUUGCACAAGAAUAUUUAAGGUGGGCAGUCUGACUAUUAAAGACCAGCCACCAUUAUUUUAUGUUGGUGACACACACUAAAUAUUAACCAAGACUUUGAUGUAUUUCAAUAAAACAGGGAACUGUUCCAAAUGUGGCUGUUUUUGGAUUGUUAUUUGCUUUUAGGUUAAGCUGUGGAAAAAAAGGGGCAGACCGAGUCAAGCAGCUCACUGCUCUGGCUGCUUUGGGUUGGUCUGAGAGAGUGGAAAUUUUGGUUUUAAUAAAGGAAGUCAAAAUUCAA